GUGUUGUAGUUCUUCGGAAGCGAGGUCGGGCCGCUCCCUGGCUGCCCUGCACCAGCGGCUAGACUGCGCAUGCGUUGUCAGUAGGUUUAGCGGCGGACCCGGCUGGCAGUUCCUUCCUCGGAAGGAGAGAUUCUUCUGCCAUGGAGUCCUAUGAUGUGAUCGCCAACCAGCCUGUCGUGAUCGACAACGGAUCCGGUGUGAUUAAAGCUGGUUUUGCUGGUGAUCAGAUCCCCAAAUACUGCUUUCCAAACUAUGUGGGCAGACCUAAGCAUGUUCGUGUCAUGGCAGGCGCCCUCGAAGGCGACAUCUUCAUUGGCCCCAAAGCCGAGGAGCACCGAGGACUGCUUUCCAUCCGCUACCCCAUGGAGCAUGGUAUCGUCAAGGACUGGAACGACAUGGAGCGCAUCUGGCAGUAUGUCUAUUCUAAGGACCAGCUGCAGACUUUCUCAGAGGAGCAUCCUGUGCUCCUGACGGAGGCGCCUUUAAACCCGCGAAAAAACCGGGAACGAGCUGCUGAAGUUUUCUUUGAGACCUUCAAUGUGCCAGCCCUUUUCAUCUCCAUGCAAGCUGUGCUCAGCCUUUAUGCCACGGGCAGGACCACGGGUGUGGUGCUGGAUUCCGGGGAUGGCGUCACCCACGCAGUGCCCAUUUACGAGGGCUUCGCCAUGCCCCACUCCAUCAUGCGCAUUGACAUCGCCGGCCGGGACGUCUCUCGCUUCCUUCGCCUCUACCUGCGCAAGGAGGGCUAUGAUUUCCACUCAUCCUCCGAGUUUGAGAUUGUCAAGGCCAUAAAAGAGAGAGCCUGCUACCUAUCCAUAAAUCCCCAGAAGGAUGAGACACUAGAGACGGAAAAGGCUCAGUACUACCUGCCUGACGGCAGCACCAUUGAGAUUGGUCCUUCCCGCUUCCGGGCUCCUGAACUACUGUUUAGGCCAGACCUGAUUGGCGAAGAGAGUGAGGGCAUCCACGAGGUGCUGGUGUUCGCCAUCCAGAAGUCCGACAUGGACCUGCGGCGCACGCUCUUCUCCAACAUCGUCCUUUCGGGAGGCUCCACCCUGUUCAAAGGUUUUGGUGACAGGCUACUGAGUGAAGUGAAGAAACUGGCUCCGAAAGACGUGAAGAUCAGGAUAUCUGCACCACAGGAGAGACUGUAUUCCACAUGGAUUGGGGGCUCUAUCCUCGCCUCCUUGGACACCUUUAAGAAGAUGUGGGUCUCCAAGAAGGAAUACGAGGAAGAUGGUGCCCGAUCCAUCCACAGGAAAACCUUCUAAUAUUGGGACAUCAUCUUCUCUCUGAAGUUAACUCCACUUUAAAACUCGCUUUCUUGAGUCGGAGUGUUUGCGAGGAACUGCCUGUGUGUAUGAGUGUGUGUGUGGGUACAAGUGUGUGUGCAUAUGCGAGUGCCGUGUGGCCAGGGGAUCCCAGGGAUCCCGGGGCCCAGAAAGGACGAUGAACUACCCACGAUGGCAAUGGCCUGAGACCUGGGGUUGACCACUUACUGGUCCCUGACAGGGAAGAAUGCUGGCAGAGGGCCCCACUCCUUCAGCAGCUGGGCCUUUAUCUGGCUGUGUGGGACUAUGUUUACUACCACAGGGAGACAGGAAGGUGAACCCAACCCCAGGAGACCUUGCUGCUGCCCAUCCUAGGCUGGGCCAGCCCCACCCCGACUCCACCUAGGGUGCCCUGCGGCCCAAGGCAGCUGCUGCCCCCCCUUGCUCAUCAUUCUGCUCUUGAUGCCUCUAGAUCGUGGACCGAGGCCUGGGGCCAGGGUUGAGUUCUGUCUGGUUUUGUUGCAGUUCAGCUUUGCAAGGCUGGAAGAGCACUCUGGGAGCUGCUACUGAGACUUUGGGGUCAGCAGGGGGCAGGAUGCCCUCACCUUCACCUGGGGACCAGGACCACACUGGGCAUUUGAGGAGGGCAGGAGUAGUGCUACUUUUGAUUGGUGGCAGAGCUAAUGCUCCAACCCCUAGCCCCCAUCCAGGGGCUGUCAGGAGAGUUUCAGGAGCCUGUUGGCCCCAGGCCCUGUUACUUGCUUUCCAUCCAUCCUUGGGUAAUGCCAUCUUCAGUUUUAUUUAUUGAAGUGUUUGUUUAGUACAGGGACUGGAAAGAGGGAGCUCACUGCCUCCUGCCCCACCAGUCACCCUGUGCACACUAAUGUUUACAGCGCCUAAGCUUAGCGUAGCAUCCAGGGCCCCGCCACUCCUUGCUAACAGUGAACUGACAGUAUCCAUAGGCCUCAAGACCAUUUGGGAUUGGAGGCUACAGUCAAAGUCACUCCAGCGUCUUUCUCCCUCUUCCACUUGCUCAUUGCCCUGGAAUCAACAUGCUAGUUGCUGGCUGGAUUUUCUGAAACGGGGUAGAAUCACCCUUUGGCAGAGGCUCCUAGAAAAGGAGGGGUGUUGGGAAUCCAAACCCCUUAGGACUGAAGAAAGAGCCGCAAUUAACCAAGUUGCCUUUUCCCACUCUAGCUGACCCAGGGGGACUAGGUUAUAGAGGUGAGAAGGCCCCCUCUGGGCUGAUUUGUGCCAUUCUUGUCUUUGGACUUGUUUGUUUAGGGAGGGAAGGGCCAAACCAGAGUGCCAAGAGCUGAUGGGCUCAGGCUCACCUCCUCUGGUCCACUGGAGCCAGGUGCCUACUCUGGACUUCAACCCAGAUGGUGCAAAGCUGAGGCUAGCAAAUCAUCACCUGCACCCUCACCUGUGACACCAAGACCUGCCCAGAUCCCAGAUUUCAGGCAGUAUUUUCCCCCAUGCCGUCCAACGACCAAAGGCCCUGCCAGGUGUGGGCUGCAGCAGCAGGUGUGUGUGAAAGCGAUGUGGCGACCCGCGGACUGCAGUGUGCUUAACCAGCUCACCUCCCUCCUCUUAGCCCAAGCCUGUUCCUCGCACAGCCUCGCACAAACCACAUUGCCUGGUGGGGCCCAGUGUACUUAAAUAAAGUCGUUCCAGUAGAUACAUCA